AUGUUUAUUUUUAAUGAACAGACAUUUUACCGAACAGGUGACUUUGCCAAACUAAAUGUUCAAACCAAACAACUAGAGUUCAAAGGACGUCGAGACCAUCAAGUUAAACUAAGAGGGCAGCGAAUCGAUUUGGGAGAAAUCGAAUCAGUUAUACUAGCUGCAGCUCCUAUAGUUCAAAAUUGUGUUGUCAUGAAGCAAGAACUAGAAGAAGAGCAUGGCAAUGAAGUAUUUCUGGUUGCUUAUUUAAUGGUGCAUCAGAAUUCGGUUAAUGACAAAAACAAACUUUGCGAACAAAUUACUUUGUACUGUCAACAAUACUUACCAUCAUACAUGGUUCCUUCGAAUUGGUUACUUUUAGACUCGUUUCCAACGAAUAAGAAUGGGAAAGUAGAUCGAAAGCGGUUGCCUCAUGUCGAAUGUUCUUCGCAUGAGCCAAACAUCAAUCAACCAACGACAUUUCUGGAAAGACAGCUUCGAGAAAUAUUCAGUAAAGCAUUUAACUUAGAUCUCGAUGUCAUUGAUGUCACUUGUUCAUUUGGACAACUUGGUGGCACAUCAUUUGGAGUGAUACGUGCUCUUUCACUAAUUCAACAAAAAGUAUGCAAAAAUACGGACGUAAAUCUGCUUUUAGCCAAUCCAUCUAUUAGACAGUUGGCCACGGCACUUGAAUUUCUUCUUCUUCAACACGAUGACAAAUCACCUGAAAUAGCAAAAUAUUACGAUUCGUCUCCAUAUCCACAACCGUCGUUGAUCAUUGAAACAACUGGCGUUCUUCUUUUAAUGAGUUUAUGGAUAUUUCCAGUAUGGAUUGCUUACAAGUCUAUGCUUCCGAUGGUCUUCGCAAUUCUUUUUAUUGCUUCUUUUCAUCUGACUUCUUAUAUUGUAUCGGCACGUAUUUUGAAUCCGUUAGUCAAGAAAAAAAGAGAAUAUCUCUUCUCUUGCUCUUACUAUGCAUGGUGGUUUCUCAAUCGACUAUGGACAUUAAAUAGCACUUGUUGGCUCUAUUCUCUUGCCGGAACAUCUUUCUAUAAUGCUUAUCUACGUGCGUGUGGUGCUCAUAUUGGGUCUAAUGUGCAUAUUUAUACAGCAUUUAUUGACGUUCCGUGGCUUAUCGAGAUAGACGAUGAAACUUUUAUUGGUGAGGAAGUCUAUUUCAAUAAUGCAUCGUAUCAAAGCAAAACGUUUGAACUUCAUCCAAUUAUAAUCGGCACUUCGUGUGUCAUCGGACCGCGCAGCGUUCUUUAUGAAGAUACACAAGUGCAAGAUGGAUCUUUUGUAGAGUCGUAUUCAGCUGUUAGAGGGACUUUUGUUGGCUCUGCUGUACGACACACGUCAUGUUCAUAUUGGUCACCUUGGGUUCCAAUGUUUCAACUCUUAUCAUUUCUGGCUGUAACUACAUUUUAUGCCGUGUCGUUCAGACUUACCUAUACUCUUUACAUACCUAUGCUUCCAAGUGUUUUCGCUACUGCUCUUUGUUUCAUUAUAUGGAUUCUAUCAUCAGCCAUGAUUGCCUUGCUCGCGCUUAAAUUCGUUGCAGGAAAUAUACAACCUGGCAGCUAUGAUUUUCAAUCAUGGACUUAUCUCCGUUGUUUGUGGCUUCGUCGACUGAUCAUUUCCUUUUUCAAUUAUCCGCUGUCGCAAGUCAUGGGUGGCUAUCAACGCUUUUCUCUCGUUUUACUCUCAUGGCUAGGUGCAAAUGUUCAAGGCACUAAUAUUGAGAUUGCUGAUGUUAUUCCGUUUCUUCGUUUUCCUUCCCAUCUUCUUUCGAUUGCAGAGGAUGUGACGUCUUUUGGAGGCGUACAUUUGGUUCCUUUUGAUGUUGAUACAAAUGGACAAUGCGUUGUUGAUCGCUUGUACUUAGCAAAAGGCGUGACUCUUGGGAAUCACUGUUUGAUUCAUCCCAGAGUUCGUAUACCAUCUCACACACUCGUCGGUACAUUGACAAAGGUGACUCAAAAUACACACUGUGUCGAUGCAAGUGUACUUCUUGGUCUACCCGCUCGUUCAAUGCCAUUUAUUCAACCUUCUCUCACUAGUGAUUCCCAUUCCACCAAAACCAAAUUUACCGUUCUCAAAACAGUCUUUCUAGAAAUUGCUUCCAAUACAAUAUUUGCACUCAUCGUAUCAACUAUUCAGCUUGGAUUAAUGACAAACUAUUCUCUCAUCAUAUGUAUUAUGCUCGUGUUUUUCUGUUGUAUUCUAACUUGCUACCUCAAUCAAUACUAUGCACAAACGAAACCGGGAACGUAUUCGUUUGAGGAAACAACAAACAACUGGUUCCAUGCAUUAAUUGCUAAACUGACAAUGAACUGGACAAAUGUCCUCCAACCGUUCAUAGGUGGUACGCAAUGGCUCAUCUACUUGGCAAGAGGUCUUGGCGUUCGAAUAAAAGGCUUCGAUGUUAUUUUAUCAACGUUAGCAAACAUCACAGAUUAUCAUCUGACCACAAUUGGCGAGCAUGUACGCAUACAUAAUGAAGCCAUUCUUCAAUGUCACACAUUCGAGCAGCGCUUUUAUAAAUUGGCUCCAGUCACUGUCGGCCAUAGUUCCAUCAUCAAAUCAAAAUCAUUUAUUUUUCCUGGUGCUGUUCUCGAGGGUGCUAAUGUUAUUGAACCAUUGACGCUAAUCAUGAAGGAAGAACAUCUACGACAAGGUACCCACUGGUCUGGAAAUCCUGCUCGACUUCAGUUUAGUGCUAUGUCCUAG